UCAACCACGCAGAUCUAACCGGAGUGAUGGUGGUAGUGGUGGUAUUAUAAUGAGCCGACAGCUCUGUCACUCUAGCCCAAUUCAUUUCAUAAAAUUUCCAUGAUCUUCCAUUUCUCACCCUAUAUAUUAAGGACCCAAUCUACGCUUUACUCUCUUGUAAAUAUUCUCAAAAUUCCUCCUAGCUUAAACUAGUAAAGAAGAGAGAGAGAGAGAGAGAGAGGGAGAGAGAAGCAAAAGCCAGGGGGCUCUACUUCGUUCUCACGCGACUUUGGGGGCGUCGCAGGAUCCAGGAUCCAGGAUCCGAUCAGUUUCAAUUCGACCCCAACUUCAAAUCCCGUAGCUCUGUCUCAGAAUAUUUUAUAUUGAAUGCUUCAGUUUAGAGUAGCUUAGAUUCGAGCCGUAUAUUGCAAGAUCUGCUGUUAUCAUGACAGUCUCGGAGAGCAAGAUGCCCGGAAUCUGCUCGUUUUUUGUGUUAGUGAUUCUGUUUGUCCAUUCUUGUCAUGGGUUUUACCUACCUGGGAGUUACAUGCACACGUAUUCAACCUCAGAUACUAUAGUUGCCAAAGUUAAUUCCUUGACUUCCAUUGAAACUGAGCUUCCUUUUAGUUACUACAGUCUCCCUUACUGCAAACCUCUCGGUGGAAUAAAGAAAAGUGCCGAGAAUCUUGGGGAACUUCUCAUGGGAGAUCAGAUUGAUAACACCCCUUAUCGGUUUCGAAUGAAUGUGAACGAGUCUCUCUACCUUUGCACUACCAACGCCUUGAAUGAGCAUGAGGUUAAGCUUUUAAAACAAAGGACUCGUGAUUUGUAUCAAGUGAAUAUGAUUCUAGACAAUUUGCCGGUGAUGAGGAUUGCAAAACAAAAUGGGAUUAACAUUCAGUGGACUGGAUUCCCGGUUGGGUAUACUCCACCAAAUAGUAAUGAUGAUUACAUUAUCAAUCACCUCAAGUUCAAGGUCUUGGUUCAUGAGUAUGAGGGGAGUGGAGUGGAGAUAAUUGGAACUGGGGAAGAAGGGAUGGGUGUGAUUUCUGAAGCUGAUAAGAAGAAGGCCUCUGGUUUCGAGAUUGUUGGUUUUGAGGUGGUUCCAUGCAGUGUUAAAUAUGAUCCUGAAGUUAUGACCAAACUUCACAUGUAUGACAAUAUCUCCUCUGUCAACUGCCCCUUGGAGCUAGAAAAGUCACAGAUAAUAAGGGAACACGAGAGGAUCUCUUUUACUUAUGAGGUUGAAUUUGUGAAAAGUGAUAUUAGAUGGCCGUCUCGGUGGGAUGCUUAUUUGAAGAUGGAAGGUGCACGUGUGCACUGGUUCUCAAUUCUAAAUUCACUGAUGGUGAUCACUUUUCUAGCUGGUAUUGUGUUUGUCAUUUUCUUGAGGACUGUAAGGAGGGAUUUGACAAGAUAUGAGGAACUGGACAAAGAAGCUCAAGCACAAAUGAAUGAGGAGCUUUCUGGAUGGAAGCUUGUGGUAGGUGAUGUUUUUAGAGAACCAGAUUGUCCAAAGCUUCUCUGUGUGAUGAUUGGAGAUGGGGUUCAGAUUACCGGAAUGGCAGCUGUCACUAUAGUUUUUGCUGCCCUUGGUUUUAUGUCACCAGCUUCACGAGGAAUGCUCCUGACAGGGAUGAUUAUUCUUUAUCUUUUCUUGGGUAUUGCUGCUGGGUAUGUCGCUGUACGUCUCUGGAGAACUCUCAAGGGAACUUCAGAAGGAUGGAGGUCUGUUUCCUGGUCGGUUGCAUGCUUCUUUCCUGGAAUUGUCUUUGUUAUCCUUACAGUAUUGAAUUUUAUUCUGUGGGGAAGCAAAAGCACUGGUGCAAUUCCCAUUUCCCUGUAUUUUAUACUCUUGUCUCUCUGGUUCUGCAUUUCUGUGCCUCUCACUCUCGUGGGAGGAUUCUUAGGGACAAGAGCUGAAGCUAUUCAAUAUCCUGUGCGAACCAACCAGAUUCCUAGGGAGAUACCUGCACGCAAAUAUCCAUCAUGGCUUCUUGUUCUUGGUGCUGGGACCCUUCCAUUUGGAACCCUUUUCAUUGAACUCUUCUUCAUCCUUUCUAGCAUCUGGCUUGGCAGGUUUUAUUAUGUGUUUGGCUUCUUGCUUAUAGUUCUUCUACUACUGAUCAUUGUUUGUGCUGAAGUGUCCGUGGUCCUUACCUACAUGCAUCUCUGUGUUGAGGACUGGCGAUGGUGGUGGAAGGCUUUCUGUGCUUCGGGUUCAGUUGCACUCUAUGUGUUCCUGUACUCCAUCAAUUACUUGGUCUUUGACCUACAGAGUUUGAGUGGUCCUGUUUCAGCUAUUCUUUAUCUUGGCUACUCGAUGAUCAUGGCAAUUGCAAUCAUGUUGUCUACAGGCACCAUCGGUUUCAUCACUUCUUUCUAUUUUGUCCAUUAUCUGUUCUCAUCUGUUAAGAUUGAUUAAAAGUUUCAUUUGGUGAUCUUCAUCAACAGCUGGAAAGACUUUGGCAUGGAAGAGGAUGAUAUCCUGAUUCAUCAUUUUGGUUUAGCUAAAGUUGCCUUUGGUAACUAAUCAUUUUACACUGUAUCAAAGAGGCUCUCAAAAUUACUCAAAAAUUAUCUGUUAUUUUGGUGGUUGUUGAGGUUAGGACUUUGAUAGAUUGAAGAGCUUGUGAUUUGCAGUCACAUCCUUCCACCCUGCCCCCAAUAUCUUUUUUCUUUUUUAUUUUGUCCCAGUUACCUAGUUAUGAGUUUUUGUUGGAUUAUUGUCAUCUCAAUGAUUUUGAUGUUCUAGAAAGUUGUAAUCCUGUAUUUUCUCUCAUAUUUUAAUCAAAUAGAAAGGUUUAUUUUCUUUGAUUA